AUGAUCGAGAAUCGUCUUCACCUCGAUCCAUCCAAAACUCAAAGAAUCACAUCAGCCGCGCUCUCAAUCCACGCUUUGGUGUGCUUCGUAUCUGGGCCAGUCAUUGGUCACUUGGCAGACAAGGUUUCUUCACGAAAGGGUCCUUUACUGCUCUCUGUAGUGGGUGAGAUUAUAGGGACAAUCCUUGUCGCUGCUGCCCCAUCCGUGCCAGUGUUCUUUUUCGGACGUGUGGUUCAGGCCUUCGCCGGCAACGCAGCAUGGAUUGUUGGAUUUGCAACAAUUGCAGACACCGUCGAGGCCGAGAAUAGGUCGCGAACUAUCUCAACGAUCUCCGUCUUCUUUAUCUCUGGAAUGUUGUUCGGUCCUAUGAUGUCGGGCUCGCUAAUAGGGGUCGUUGGAUACUGGCCGACCUGGCUUGCCGCGAUUGCUGUCCUCAUCCUUGAUGCGAUCAUGCUAUUUCUCAUGGUUGAGACGCCCAAAUCUCAGAGAAAGGACGUUGAAAGCGCAUCGGGAGCUGACACUGGCACUGGCUCACCGGACGAGACGUCCAGUCUUCUUUCCGGACCUGCAUCCGCUCAGCGUGACCCAGAACAGAGUCCACAGCAGAAUGGUUCCACAAAGCGCGCAGCGGAAAACUUCUACAAGAUUAUUCUGAGUAAUCCUCGCGCCCUCACUUCCAUGGUCUGUCAUGCAACCAUCAGUCUCACCCUCGCCUGUUUCGACACGACCUUGCCUUUGCAUGUGUCUCGGGCUUUUGGCUGGGGCCCGUUCCAGACAAGCUUAAUGUUUUUACUCCUGCAAGUACCCACGCUAUUACUCUCCCCGCUCACCGGAUGGAUGAAAGACCGCUGGGGAACGAAAAUUCCGUCUGGGGUCGGAUUCCUCGCUCAUGCCCCUCUACUAUGGCUCCUGGGUGCUGCCGGUCGCCGCGGUCUGCCGUUGGUGGGCUCAGAGCAGAGAGGGAAAACAAGUUACACAAUCACCAUUGUCAGUUUGGGUAUUGUUCGGACGCUUGUUACUGGUUGUGGCACAAUUGAGAUGACUAACGUUGUGACCGAGCUGCAGGAAACGCAACCGGGGAUAUUCGGUCCCAAUGGUGGAUAUUCAAGGGCGUUUUCCCUCACGAAUAUGAGCUGGACAUUCAGCAUGUUCAUCGGACCAAUUCUGUCGGGUGCUUUGACCGAAACAGUGGGAUAUUACUAUAUGAAUAUCUGGCUUGCAACAAUUUGUGCUGGCUGUGGUGCUCUAGCUCUAGUAUUUUUUCACAUGAAGUGA